UCACUUGCCCUGCACCGUCGCCUCCUUGUUUAAAAUGAGAGGAACGAGAAGCGUGUUGAUGUACUUCCGGAACACAACAACUUGUGACUUCACAUUCACAAGCAAAAUGCGAAGCCUGUUAAUGUUAUUGGGACUAUGCGUCCUAGUGUUGUUCCCUUUUCCAGUUGCAUUAUCAGAGCGGUGCCACCCACAGGACAAGAAGGUGCUCCUCCGCUUCAAAAAGGAACUCAACAACCCUUACUUCUUAGCUUCCUGGGACCCAAAAGAGGAUUGCUGUGACUGGUACUGUGUCAAGUGUGACGACAGAAAUAACCGUAUCUACGAAGUAUUUCUAGUAUCCUCUUUUCCAGACCCCAAUGUCACUGGCCAAAUACCACCCUCUGUGGGUGACCUCCCUUACCUCGAGUACCUUGACUUUCACAAGCUCCCCAACCUCGUCGGCCCAAUUCCGACAACCAUCACGAAACUCACCAAACUGAAAUCUCUCUCUAUCACCAAUACUGGUCUCUCAGGCCCGAUCCCUGAAUUUCUGGGCCAGAUUAAGAGCCUCGAGUAUAUCGCCCUUUCCUUUAACAGCCUCUCGGGCUCCAUUCCCAGCUCACUUUCCCAGCUGCCUAAUCUCGGGUCUCUACAGUUGGACAGGAACAAAUUGACGGGCCCAAUCCCGGCCUCUUUCGGCUCCUUCAAGAAGCCCGGGCCAGAUCUCAAACUCUCUCACAACCAACUUUCCGGGGCCCUUCCCCGUUCCUUGGGCAACCUAGACCCAGACAAUAUAGACUUGUCAAGGAACAACUUCGUAGGCGAUGCUUCAUUUCUUUUCGGGAGCAAGAAAAAGAUUCAGGUACUUGACCUUUCCAGGAACGCCUUCUCCUUUGAUCUGUCUCCUGUGACGUUUCCCAAGAAAACCUUGAUUUGGUUGGAUAUCAAUCACAAUAAGAUUUAUGGAAGCCUUCCAGUGGCGUUGACCAAAGUGCAAAAUUUGCAGCAGUUGAACGUCAGUUAUAAUCCUCAGUUGAAGGGCCAAAUUCCACAGGGUGGUGAAUUGCAUAGAUUCGAUAAAUAUGCCUUCUUUCACACUAAGUUGUGUGGCUCUCCACUUCCGCCCUGCACCAAAUAGAUUAACUCAUUCCUUCUACUUCCUUUAAAAUAACCUUUCUAUUUUCGCCCUCCAUCUAUAAGAUUAAACAAGGAAAUCGUUCCACUUUGAAUAAAAUAAGUUUUAUA